AUGACCAUGAAUCAGCAAUCGACCAAAGAAAAAGCAGAGGCCUUGAUCGGCGCUCUAGAAAAGUAUGGUCAAGGUGACUAUAUUGGAGAGUCGAUUAGCCAGUUAGAACACUGUCUGCAGGCGGCUCAUCAGGCCCAUAAAGCGGGCAUGUAUCGUUCAACGUUAAUAUCUCUGACGCUUACUAACUUUCUUCUAGAUGCUCGUGACGAGUUGGUAAUUGCGGCUUUGUUGCAUGACAUUGGUCAAAUCAUUCCGCUGGAAUCCACUAAGGAAGCACGGAUGAAUCUUCGCGGAAGCGCGGAGAAUGUCGGCCGUGUCGGGCAUGAAGCCAUCGGGGCAUCAUACCUGCGAUCUCUUGGAUUUAGCGAGGUAGUGUGUCGCUUGGUAAAUAGCCAUGUCGCUGCGAAGCGGUACCUCACUGCUACUGACCAAGGAUACUACGAAUCUCUAUCAUCUGCCUCGCAGAAAUCGCUGGCAUUUCAAGGUGGCCCCUUCCGAGAUGCCAACCUCAAGAACUUCGAGGAAGAUCCACUUCGAGACGAAAUGGUCUCACUCCGACUGUGGGACGAUGCUGCCAAAUUGGAGGGUAUUGAGGCCAUCACUCCCCGUGCUGGGGUCUAUCUGGACAUGAUCAUCGCGCAUUUGCUCCGUGAAACCUGA